CCAAUAAGGGGGGAGUUUACUCACCAAUACUGUAUACAAUUAUCUUCCUUUCUUCCGUUCUUUCAUUGUUUAAUUAGCGCCACAUAUAGCACAUGAAUAAUACACGAAACCCAUUCUGUGCAAAAUGAGUGAAAAAGCAUGUCGUUUGAAGAAGGGCGUAAAGUGGAGCCACAACUCACCGCAGGUGCUCUGCAUCAAUGAGGAAGGAGAUGCUGACAGUUUCACUGAAGAUGCUCCCACAUCAGCAAUGAGGACCUCCACCCCCAUACAUUUUAAUAUAUUUGAUCGUGAGAACAUCUUAUUUGGCCCUGAGGAUCACGUCCCAGACGAGUCCUCUUUCCUCAGUCUAUCCAUGAUGGCCCUUGCUGACAGUCUGCCACCGGAUGAAGAGCUCACUGUGGUGCAGACUGAGGACUCAGAGAAUUUAGAAGCCAAUGCUUCUGACUUUGACAAGGAUUCAACUGAAUCAGAACCAGUAGAAACUCCAUCUUUUUGUUCUUCACCAUCACCAUAUUCAGUUUGGGACACAGACUUUCACAAAAAGCACAUGACGGCAGUAAGCAGUGAUAAAUUUGAUAGCCUCCUGAAGAUGAGUGCAGAGUUCCAUAGCUGCAAGAGCCACAUGGCAGCUUUUGUCAUCGUGAGAGAAAUGACAGACUCAUCAGGGCAUGCAAACAAUCACUAUCAAGUGGUGGCUUUGGGAUCAGGACGCUUCAGCUGCACCAGUUGGCUUUGCUUCAACGGGACCAUGGUGCACGACUGUCACGCCAUGACCAUUGCCAGGCGGGCACUCCAGAGGUUCCUCUACAAGCAGCUUCUGCUCUUCUUUGAUGCUGACCCUAAGGCCAAGGAGGCAUGUAUAUUUGAGAGCAGCACGGUCGGGCCGCAGCUUCAACUCAAAGCCAAGACCAGCCUGCAUCUCUACACAAAUCAAUGUCCUGAAGGAGUUGCCAGAAACUUCUACAUGAGGGGCUCGGCCCAAAAAUCUGGGAACCCCAUAAAGCUGCACUAUCACGCCAAGGGUUUGCUGGUUCCGGCUGCCAACCUGAACCCGAGCCACUGGGCGGCUAAAGUGUGCUGUAUGUCGGGCAGCGACAAGUUGUUCAUGUGGACUUUCGUGGGCGUGCAGGGCGCUCUGCUAAGCCACUUCAUCCAGCCUCUAUACAUGACAAGCAUGGUGCUCGGUGGCCAGAAGCAGUACUGCAGCUACUUGUCAGACAUUACCAACGAGUGUCUGGGCGACGCCUGGGAGGAAAUCCUGCCUCUGUUUUACAAGAAAUACGACACCAUCUUCCUGUGCUGCGAAGAGGUGAAGCCCAUCGAGGUGUCGUCGCAGCACGACGUCCUCAGUGUCAACUGGUGCCUCGGAGACGAAGACAUCGAAGUGGUGGACAGCAGCAAAGGCUUCAUCGACCACAGUUCUCCACCAGUCAGUCGGUCCGGCUUCUCUAGCCGGCUGUGCAAGAGAGCGUUCUACUCUUACUUCCAUCGGGUGGCUCAACUCGGCGGGCACGGCUACUUGCUGGAUUUGCCCACAUACCACACCGUUAAGGUAGAAGCGGCCGUCUACCAGACUGUCAAGGAGAUAAUCAAGAAGCACUUCCAGGACAACCAAGCGGGCCUCUGGAAGGCUAAAAAGCUGGUGGAUUGCUUUAGUGCCUGAUGAGUUCUAUUCAGGUGGGGGUCUGAAGAAAUUUUUGGUUCUAAUGUUUACAAUGUCUUUUAUUGUAAACGCUGUGUUCUCUUGCAGUGUGGUUUUGUUUGAGGAAAAAAAAGGGUAAACACGUAAAAAGCUUUUGGGCAGUUUUAGUUUCUCAAAAGUUCUAUUUGGGUGGGGGGGGUCUGAAGAAUUUUUGGGUUCUCAUUGUUUACAAUGUCUUUUAUGGUUUGUUUGAGGGGGACAAAAAGCAUUAAACAUGUGAAAAUGUACAAUUAAAAAUGCCGAAAAGCUGGUGGAUUGCUUUAGUGGUUGAAAAGUUCUAUUCGUGUGAGGGUCUGAAGACAUUUUUGGUUCUAAUGUUCCAAUGUAUUUUAUUGUAAACAGUUCUCAUGCAGUGUGGUUUUGUUGGAGAAAAAAAAACAUAAGUGAAAAUGUACAAUUCAGAAUGCCAAAAAGCUAGUGAACAACUUUAGUGCCUGGAAAAGUUCUAUUUAGCAGAGUGAAGGUUGCGGGGGCUGAAGAAUGUUUUUUUCUUAUAAUAAAAUUUACCUUUAUGGUAAAAAGUUCUCAUGUAGUGUGG